GAGAGGCUCCCGCGAACUGGAACAGAGUGAUGCAAAAAGUGUCGGUGAGGUGAGUGGACACACGCAGGUGGAUCAAGAGUACAAAACUAAACCAGGAGGAAAACUUGGAGAAGCCUCUUUGUUAGCAAACUCUCUGCAACGAAUAGAUUUAUUUUCUGAUUCCGUGGAUUUCUGGAUGCCCACAGGUACAAUGCAUAACAAUCACGUCCGGAGUGUUUACCUCUAGGCGUGGUGGAGACUCGUUCUCAAGACGGAACAUUUGCUCUGCUGUUGUCUCCCUCUCCAAGAAGCCAAGACGUUGCUCCGCACCGAUUCGUGUGGCCCCAAUCCGAGGCGUGGUGCCCGUUUGGGAAGGUCGGCUCUCGGUCCCCUCCAGGGCGGAAUGAUGGUGCACUGCGCGGGGUGCGAGAGGCCCAUUCUCGAUCGGUUCCUCUUGAACGUUCUCGACCGCGCAUGGCACGCCAAGUGUGUCCAGUGCUGCGAGUGUAACUGCAACCUGACCGAAAAAUGUUUCUCCAGGGAUGGAAAGCUCUAUUGCAAAAUGGACUUUUUCAGGCGUUUUGGUACGAAAUGCGCGGGCUGCUUGCAGGGCAUUUCGCCCAGCGACCUCGUGAGAAGAGCGCGCAGCAAGGUGUUCCAUCUGAACUGUUUCACGUGCAUGGUGUGCAACAAACAGCUGUCCACGGGCGAGGAGCUCUACGUCAUCGACGAAAACAAAUUUGUGUGUAAAGAGGACUACAUAAGCGCGAGCGCUAUCAAAGAGGUCAAUUUAAACUCAGUGUCAUCAUGUACGGACCGGAGUUUAUCGCCCGAUCUUCCGGAUCCGAUCCAGGACGACACGAAGGAGACGGACAAUUCCACAUCCUCAGAUAAGGACACUAACAACAACGAGAACGAGGAGCAAAACUCGUGCACGAAGCGGCGGGGCCCGCGCACCACCAUCAAGGCCAAACAGCUCGAGACUCUGAAAGCCGCGUUCGUGGCGACGCCGAAGCCCACGCGACACAUCCGCGAGCAGCUCGCGCAGGAAACAGGCCUCAACAUGCGAGUCAUACAGGUGUGGUUCCAAAAUCGGCGGUCUAAAGAACGCAGAAUGAAGCAGCUCAGCGUUCUCGGAGCUCGACGUCACGCUUUCUUCAGGGGACCACGCAGAAUGAGGCCACUCGGAGGAAGACUAGAGGACCCUGACAUAAUGGGCCCUGGAGGAUACAGCUACUAUGGAGAAUACCAAGGUGACUACUACGGGCCAGUGGUCAACUACGAUUUCUUCCCUCACGGACCCCCUUCUUCACAGGCGCAAUCUCCAGCCGAGUCCCCUUAUCUCCUCAGCUCGGGUUCAGGAGCCCUGGAGGGCGGCCAGGUCUCCGCUCACCACCCCUCAGACGACCAAAGGUUCACGGACAUGAUCUCCCACACAGAUACCCCCAGUCCUGAGCCAGGCAUGACCGGACCUCUCCAUCCCAAUCCACAAGGGGAGGGUGGCUUCACAGGGGGUCCGAGUCCACCCUUCCCCCUGGCCAACAACACCAGUUACAGCGGCCCCAUGUCCCAUCCUGGUCAAGAGAUGGGGGAGAACACUGUUUGGUAGGACAGAGAGAUGGGAAAGACUCUGAACUAUGGACACAAGAGGGAAUUCCACCCUAAACUGGUCUGCCUUAGUGCUAUAGGUUUCUGAGGGAGGGUUUAUCCGCUGGUCAUAGACCAGAACAAACCAGUAUUUGGACCUGUAAGGUGGAAAGACAUCGUGCAAAUGACCCUGUCUUGCGGUUUAGUUUCUACUCUCAAAGGAUGUGUAUUGUCAGUGGUCAUCUUGACCAAUCACAUUGGUUUGAUUCUAUGGUUUCCUGAGUUCAAUAUUACGAUUGCGACAAUAGCGCAGAUGUUCGUCCAUGGGGUUUUCUACUGCUUUGACUUACUGAUUAGUAAAAGCUGUCAAACUGCAUUUGAUGGUCAGAAGCGAGCUAGUACUUAAAGGUAAAACCAUUUUCAUCCGUUCGUUGGCUUUAGUUUCUUCCUUUUCUGAGAUACUGAGGCUCAAUUUGUUCAAAUAAAAAAAAAAAAAUGUUUUCUUUUCUGUCUUAAAACUGGUCCAUUUGUAACAUAUUUGGUUCAUUCAUUCAUUAACUGCUGAAUUGGUUCAUUAAACAUUUUGAUGAACACUCUGUA